AGCUACACCAAGCCUUGGUCAAUUGCUGCAUUGCCUGUCGAUCGAGAUGGCCCUGACGCUUGUACUGGAGAGCGGCAGCAGCGGGCCAUCAGACGACGGCCGUCGCCGAGAGGCCGCCGGCGACUGCAGCAGACCUCGCGAGCGCAUGUUCGAGAAGGUGGUGACGCCGAGCGACGUGGGGAAGCUGAACCGGCUGGUGGUGCCCAAGCACCUGGCGGAGAAGCACCUGCCGCUGCCGCUGCCGCUGCCGGGGGCGGCGGGGGGCACCGUGCUGUGCUUCCACGACGCGCGUGGCGAGGCGGCCUGGCGGUUCCGCUACUCGUACUGGAGCAGCAGCCAGAGCUACGUGAUGACCAAGGGCUGGAGCCGCUACGUCCGCGACAAGCGCCUCGCCGCCGGGGACACCGUCUCCUUCUGCCGCGACGGCGCCAGGCUCUACAUCGACUGCCGCCGCAGGAGGAGGCCGGCCGCCGUCGUCCCUGUGCCUGUAGUGCCGCCACAGCAGCAGCAGGCCUCCUUGCAGGCGGUGCAGCAGCGCUUGGUGGUGGCGCCGCCGCCGCGCUCCAUGAAAGAGGAGGAAGAAGAAGAGGCGCGGAGCGGGCGGUGCCUCCGGCUGUUCGGCGUCAACUUGGAGCUGGAGCUGGAGCCGGAGCCGCUGCUGCUGCUUGAUUUGCAGCUUUAAUUAUAUUAAUUAGUGCGUGCAUGCCUUGUAAUUUAAGUUUGCACAUGACAUGGUGAUUGUCGUUGAGCAUUGUAAUGUAACUCGAUCCAUCGAUCCAGAGGCGUUAAUUAAACCAACGCAGUGCAUGCAAUUGAU